UGUAUAUAUCUGUUGAUUAUUAACGUAAGAUUAUGACUGAUUAAACUUUAUGAAGGCAUGCCAUUUACUUUAUUUCACAUAUGUUUAUAUUUUAUAUUUUAUAGGAACUAUUUUAUGAAAUACUUUUAAGCGACAUACUUUUAUGUAAAAGAAAUGACCAAAACAAUUGCACCAAAUCCUGCUAUGAAGAUACACCUGAUCAGAAGUACCUUUAAUUUGUAAAAAAGAAAUACUCCACAUGGCUAAACUACCUCAAGUAUGUCUAGUUCUUAGUCAUUUCAAAACCCCUUUCAACUGACCCCAUUUAUUUUUGUAUAAUAUAUGGUCCUAUCAAACGAUACAGCUAUUACCCUAGAACAGAAUCACAUCGCCAAGUUGUAUAACGCUUGGAAAGAUUAGCAUUAUGUUAAUGCAAAUUAAUGCGGAUUCAUACAAUUCCUCAAAGUUUGUCAAACUAGGAGAUGUAAGGCUCUUCUAGGGGACCUACUUUAGGUUGACAGGAUCUCCGGGAGUUGUUGUAAUGAUGGUUGAGGAAACUUGGUUUCAGAAAUAAGCAAGACCACAUUACAGAUUGUCUUUGAGCUUGAUAUCCUACCUGUAAAGCUUCUCACAGGCCGUGUCACACCACUGUUCAAGCCCAGCGCACAAAGCAGAAGCAGAACACAUCUUGCGCCCCUUUCCACUGAAUACAUAUUAAAUCCCACGCGGACUCGACGCCAACGACAUUUGAGUCUGCGCUGGAAAAACGCUUUCCACGCGGGUGAUAGGUUAAGCUCCGCCCACAGUGUGGAGGCGCUCAUUGAUUGAAAUCGGAGUGAACGGCCUAAGCAGAUGUGUAUCAUGCUUGGGUGCUGAGCUCUGGUGUGAAACGGCCUUCAUGCAACAAGCCAUUUGUAUUCAUAGACAUACCCUGAAUAUACACUAGUGACUCUUCAUGUAGUUUGUUUUGUCAGUAUUGUGUAUUUACUGUAUGUAGUACCAUUCCUCCCUCACUGUAACACGGAUCAUAAAAGGCUUAGCAAAAAGGAUAAAGAGGUUGAUCUUCUAUAAGAAAAGCUGUGCAGCCGUGUUGCCUUUCUCUGAAGCCCGUUUGUAGCGUUCACGUCUCCUAGGAGCGGUCUGUUGGCUGUUGAACCGUGGACCUGCCAGAGGACAGGGGAGAUGUGCUCCUGGUUACACUGGCAACCCGCAGCUUGGACAGGCGUGCAAGGUCAAUGGUGACUGCUCUAACUGUGACCAAAGAGGUACUGUUGGCUGCAAUGGAGGAGCUUGUAACUGUAAGAUUAACAUCGAGGGCUCAUCUUGCGCCAACUGCAAGUCUGGAACCUUCCACCUCAGCCCGGACAACAAAGAUGGCUGCCUGUCUUGCUUCUGUAUGGGCGUGACUCAGCUGUGUUCCAGCUCCACCUACUACAGAGACCUGGUCUCCUCCGUCUUCACUCCAGGGAACUUCCAGGACUACGCCCUGGUGAACCGCCAGCGAACCAACCGCAUCACCUCUGGCUUCUCCGUGGAGGUGUCCACCGACGGCACCCAGCUCUCCUACAGCAACUUUGACUACCUGAACCAGGAGCCCCACUACUGGCAGCUGCCCGGAGCCUACCAGGGGGACAAGUACGCUCUGGUCUUCAAAGGGUUCGGCUCCCGCCAGGAAGAGCCGCUCUACUGGCGGCUCCCGGGCCACUUCACAGGGGACAAGGUGGUCUCCUACGGUGCCAAGCUGAGGUACACCAUCUCCUACGUGGCCAGCUCCAGGGGAACACACCUGGACGACGCAGACGUUCAGAUCAUCGGCAACGACAUCACCCUGGUGGCCCGCCAGUCCUGGCAGAGGAGGCAGCAGGGAGCCCGCGAGUCCAAACGCUUUGAGAUUGUCUUCAGAGAGGAGAACUGGCAGCGUCCGGACGGCAUGCCGGCCACCCGGGAGCACCUGAUGAUGGUGCUGGCCGACCUGGACGACAUCCUGAUCCGCGCGUCCCACUCCAGCGAGAUGCGCUCCUCCAGCAUCUCUGAGGUCAGCAUGGAGGUGGCUGUGCCCAACUACAGCGGCCUGGCCCAGGCGUUGGAGGUGGAGCAGUGCCGCUGCCCGUCCGGAUACCAGGGACUCUCCUGCCAGGACUGUGCUGUCGGAUACAGCCGUACGGGGGGAGGUCUGUACCUGGGCCACUGUGAGCUUUGUGAAUGCAAUGGCCACUCCGACUCCUGCCACCCAGAGACUGGCAUCUGCACGAGCUGCCUGCACAACACCCAGGGCGAGCUCUGUGAGCAGUGUGCCACCGGUUUCUACGGCGACCCCACCGUCGGGACCCCCGAGGACUGCCAGCCCUGCUCCUGCCCCAACACGGACCCCGACAACCAGUUCUCCCCCACCUGUGAGAGUCUUGGUAACGGAGGCUACCAGUGCACUGCCUGUCAGCCUGGUUAUACAGGCCAGUACUGUGAACGCUGUGCUCCGGGCUACGUUGGCAACCCACAAGAGAGAGCGAAGUGUCGUCCUUUCGAUGACGCAGCCUCCCUGGUGGUGAAGGUGUACCCAGAGCGGGUGCUCACCUCCCAGGGCGGCUCAGUGACCCUGAGGUGCCAGGUGAGCGGAGCCCCACCACACUACAUAUUCUGGUCCAGGGAGGACGGACUGCCCAUCUCCACCAACGCCGAAAGAAGCAGAAACGGAGAGGAGCUGCACUUCAGCAGCGCGCAGCCCAACGAUGCUGGCGUCUACAUCUGCACCUGCAGAGACCUGCGCAGCACCAACAGGAGUCGGGCCGAGAUCGUGGUCGCAGCGGUGUCGUCCAAGCUCAUCGAGGUGACCGUGGAGGAGCCCCAGACCCAGAACAUCAGACCAGGAGCCACCGUCAGCUUCAUCUGCACCGCCAAGAGCAAGUCUCCGGCCUACACGCUGGUGUGGACGCGGCAGGGCAACGGCAAGCUGUCCAACCGGGCCAUGGACUUCAACGGCAUCCUGACCAUCCAGAACGUGCGGCCUGAGGACGCCGGCGUCUACAUCUGCACGGGCUCCAACAUGUACGCCAUGGACGAGGGCAACGCCGCCCUCUUCGUGCUAGAGCCCUCACAGACACAGAUGUUUUACACAGCCUAUGAAAUGUUUGAAGGACAUAGACAGCCCGGGGACGGGUCGCAGCCCGUGGCCACGGUCACUCCCGCAGUGCUGAGCGUCCAGUCGGGACAGCGGGCCGAGUUCCGCUGUGCCGCCACCGGGAGUCCAACACCGGCCGUCGAGUGGAUCCAAAUCCGACCUCGAUCCCAAGCCAAGGUGCACGGGGGGCUCCUAUCCUUUUCGUCCGUGCAGAAGUCCGACGAGGGGGAGUACAUCUGCAAGGCCCUGAACACCCACGGCGAGCACACAGUGCGAGUCACCCUCUAUGUGCAAAAGUCCAACACGGGCGGACAUAUUAUUGGAGGCGGUCAUGGCAACACAGGUGGUCAUGGCAACAACGGCGGUCAUGGCAAAACAGGUGGUCAUGGUAACACAGGUGGUCAUGGCAACACAGGUGGUCAUGGCAACACAGGUGGUCAUGGCAACAACGGCGGUCAUGACAACACCGGGGGCCAUGGCAACAAUGGCGGUCAUGACAACUCGGGCGGUCAUGGCAACACGGGCGGCCAUUCCCACACUGGCGGUCACGGCCAAACAGACUCUCAGGUCAACACAGGUCUGGUCAGCCAGCCCCAGGUCCAAGUGAGCCCCCCCAGUGCCGAGAUCCACGAGGGCGAGACCCUGAGGCUGUACUGCCGGGCCUCCGGAUCGCCCGCGCCCAAGCUCACCUGGCUGAGGAACGGGGGUCAGGUCCCGCCCCAGGCCAUUCCCUCUCACGGUUUCCAUCAGUUUAAAAGCAACAGUCUCGAUCUGUUACAGAGACGUAUUGAAGAGCUGCAGAACCGCAUGGAUCGCACUGACAUCGGCACGCUGCUCAUUCCCAACGCCAAGGCGUCCGACUCUGGGAACUAUAUGUGCGUCGGAAGCAACAGCGCUGGCUCGAGCAGGGCCUCCAUCCAGGUCACUGUGAUCAAGGCGGACCAUGUGACCGCGCCGGUCAGCAUCCAGCCCUCCAUAGCUGACGUGCAGGAAGGCCAGAGCCUGGUGCUCAACUGCUUGACUACUGGGAGCCCCCUACCCAGAGUCACAUGGACCCGGGCCAGAGGACGCCUGUCUGCCAACCACCAGGUUCUUGGCAAUCAGCUGCGCAUCGUGUCGGCCACUCCUGACGACUCCGGGGACUACAUCUGUCGGGUGAUCAGUAACCAGGGCAACCAAGAGACCCCCGUCCAACAGGCGGCGGUCUCCGUGUCUGUCACCUCGUCUUCCUCCCGCCUGCAGACGCCCAUCAUCUCCAUCGAGCCCCACAGCGCCUCGGUGCGUCUGGGCCAGGCGGCCAGCUUCAAGUGCCGGGUGUACAGCGGAGCCACGCCCGUCCGCCUCGAGUGGAAGAUGUCCAACAACAGAGCCCUGCCAGCUAACGUCAAGGUCUCCCGGGACGGUUCUGUGAUCACCAUUUCCAACGCCCAGCCCAGCAACCGCGGGGCGUACCACUGCGUGGCCAGCAACCUGUUUGGUAUCACCCAGAGCAUUGUCUCCUUCAAUGUCAGAGAGGCCCCCGUGGGGUUGGUGACCCCUAGCGGGCCGGUGAGGGUCCGGGUCGGGGACCCCAUCGUCCUGGAGUGCCAGUCGUCCGGAGAGCCCCGCCCGUCCGUCUCCUGGCACAAGCUGGACAGCAGCCGCAAGACCAUGCUGAACAGCCCCGCGCCCAUGGACUCCAACGUCGUGCUGGAGGUUCUGUCCGCCCGGCCGGAGGACGGCGGCACCUACGUGUGCACGGUGCGCAACAGCGAGGGCAGCACGGAGACCCGGGUGAACGUGGUGGUGGAGGGCGGGGCCCGGCUGCCCAGCGCGCCCAGGGCCUCCGUCCUGGAGCCCCUCAUGAUCGUGGAGGAGGGCAAGACCGUCACGCUGCACUGCAAAGCACAUGGCUUCCCUACCCCCAGGAUCAGCUGGUCUAAGCUGCGCUCCCCUCUCCCCUGGAGGCACAGCGUGGUGAACGGCAGCCUGGUGCUGCCCAGCGUGGGCCGUCAGGACUCUGGAGAAUACAUCUGCAACGCCACCAACAACCUGGGCACCAGCGAGGUCAUCAUCACGCUGGACGUGGAGACCGUGCCCUACGCCACCGCCAUGCCCGACGACGUGGCCGUGCGCGUGGGGGAGGUGAUCCGGCUGCAGUGCGUGGCCCACGGGACCCCCCCCCUGCAGUACACCUGGAGCAAGGAGGAGGGCAGCCUGCCCGCCCGGGCCAUGGUCAGCGAGGGCGACCUGCAGAUCGACCUGGCCACCCCGGACGACGCCGGCAACUACCAGUGCGCCGUGACGAACCGGAUGGGCCGCAGCGAGACCCUGGCCAAGGUCACCGUGAGAUCCCCCCUGGGGGUCCGCAUCUACCCCCAGGUGGACGUGAAGGCCCUGGGCGGGACGGUGGAGUUCACCUGCUCUGCAGCAGGGGGCGCUGAGACCAUCAUGGAGUGGCUGAAAGAAGGAGACGUUCUGCCUCCAAACCACCAUGUCAAGGACGGUGUGCUGAGGAUUGAGAAUCUCAAGCAAAGCGAUGAAGGCGUUUACAUCUGCAGAGCUAGCAGUCCAUACGGCCAGGCCCAGGACUCUGCUACGCUCACCAUCCAAGCGCUGCCCAAGGUGAUGAUCAACGUGCGCACCUCCAUCCAGACGGUGAUGGUGGGCAACGCGGUGGAGUUUGAGUGCCAGGCCAUCGGCGACCCCCAGCCCACGGUGCGCUGGAGCAAGGUGGGCGGCACGCUGCCCGCCCACAUCGUGGUGAAGGAGGGCAUGCUGCAGAUCAGCCAGGUGACGGAGGCGGACGCCGGGGAGUACCGCUGCACCGCCACCAACGACGUGGGCUCGGUGCAGUCCCAGGUGGUGCUCAAAGUCCAGUCCCUGCCUCAGAUCGCGGCGCUGCCUGAGACCAAGGAGGUGACGCUGGGCUCGGACGCCGUUCUGCCCUGUGAGGCCUCAGGGUAUCCUGAGCCCAAGAUAAGAUGGUCCAAGCUGGGUGAGGAGCUCCCACCCAAGUGUUUCCAGGUGCUGAACGUACUGACGGUGCCGCGCGUCACCCAGGAGGAUUCUGGGACGUACGUGUGCACCGCCGCCAACAAGCAGGGCAAGGUGGAGGCCUUCACCAGUCUGCAGGUCCACGAGAGAGUGAUGCCCUACUUCACUCAGGAGCCCCUGUCCUACCUCUCACUGCCCACCAUCAGGAACGCCUACAAGGCCUUCAGCAUCAACAUCACCUUCAGACCCGACAACGUUGACGGUGUCAUAUUGUACGCCGGGAUGAUCGUCUACAACGGCCAGAGGAAGAGCACAGGAGCAGACUUCAUGUCCCUGGGUCUCGUGGGCGGACGCCUGGAGUUCAGGUUCGACGUGGGCUCCGGCAUGGCCACCAUCCGCGACCCCAACCCCAUCACACUGGGAGAGUUCCACACAGUGGAGCUGCACCGCAACCUCACCCUGGGGUCCCUCCGCGUGGACGGGGGGGAGGCCAUCAACGGCAGCUCCCAGGGCAAGUUCCAGGGGCUGGAUCUGAACGAGGAGCUCCAUGUGGGGGGCUACCCCAACUACACCCUCAUCGCCAAGACAGCGGGCAUCAAGACCGGCUUUGUGGGCUGUAUCCGUCAGCUGAUCAUCCAGGACGAGGAAGUGAUCUUCAAAGAUCUCGACCGCAGCUCCACCGGCGUCACCAACUGUCCCACCUGCAAGGACCAGCCCUGCCAGAAUGGGGGCAAUUGCGUAGUUUCAGAGGCCAGCUUGUACAAAUGCGGCUGUCUGGAAGGAUUUACUGGCAGCAACUGCCAGCAUCACUCUGCACUGCAUUGCCACAUCGACGCGUGCGGUCCUGAUGCCACCUGCAUCAACCGUCCCAACGGCCUCGGCUACGACUGCCGCUGCCAUCUGGGCAAGUCAGGAAACAAGUGCAUGGGAGGUGAGUUGGUGACCACGCCCAUGUUUGAUGGCGACGCGUCCUACAUCGCCUACCCCCCGCUCACCAACGUCCACGACGACCUGCGGGUGGAGCUGGAGUUCAAGCCGCAGGAAGGCGACGGCCUCAUGUUCUUCUGCGGGGGGAAGAAGAUGAAGGUGGAGGACUUUGUGGCCGUCUCCAUGGUGGACGGACACGUGGAGUUCAGAUACGAGCUGGGCACAGGCCAGGCCAUCCUGCGCAGCCCGGAGCCGGUCUCCCUGGGCCAGUGGCACCGAGUGGUGGCCGAGCGGAACAUGAGGGAGGGCCAGCUGAGGGUGGACCAGGGGCCCAUGGAGAAGAAGACGUCCCCGGGCAAGGCCCAGGGCCUGAACAUCCACACGCCCAUGUACCUGGGAGGGGUGCGGGAUGUGGGCAUGCUGCCCAAGCCAGCCAACAUCAGCGUACUUUUCACGGGGUGCAUCGGAGAGGUCUCCAUCAACAACAAGAAGGUGGACCUGUCCUACAGCUUCACGGAGAGCCGCGGAGUCCGCAAGUGUGCCGAGGACAGCCCCUGUGACCGCCGGCCCUGCCUGCACGGGGGCCACUGCAUGUCCAACGCCGAGUACGAGUACCAGUGCCUCUGCAAAGACGGCUUUGAGGGAGAGCACUGCGAGGUGGUGAGGGAGGUGUGCCAGAGAGACCACCAGUGCCACAGCGGCGGGAGCUGCGUGGAGGGCCAGUGUGUGUGCACGGCGGGACACUCGGGCCUGUACUGUGAGGAAGGCCCGCUUUCCAGCCACACUGAGGCCCCGUGGAAUUUGGAGGGUAACGGGGUGAAUGACUCGCCCUAUCAGUAUGCAGCACAUUUCAACAACGAUGGCUACAUUCCCCUUCCCAAACUCAUCUUCCCCCGAAGCGCCCAGGACACGCCCGAGACCAUUGAGCUGGAGGUCCUCACAACCUCCUCGGAGGGCCUGGUGCUCUGGCAGGGGGUGGAGACCAAUGGCACACGCCAUUUGCGCAAGGUGCAUGCUAACAAAAAGGAAAUGGGCGAUAGGGGAAAGGGCAAGGACUUUAUCAGCCUGGGGCUGCAGAACGGACACCUUGUUUUCAGUUACCAGCUGGGCAGUGGAGAGGCGGAGAUUAAAUCGUGGGAGCCAAUCAAUGACGGCCAAUGGCACAAGGUCACCGCUGUCAGAACUGGAAAAGAGGGCUACAUCCAGAUAGACGGGGGAGACAUGAGACACGGGCAGUCCAAGGGCAAAAGCCUCAUGGUCAACACCAAAGGCAGAAUAUACCUGGGGGGCGCUCCGGACAUGGUGGGGAUGACGGGCGGGAAGUUCUCCGGCGGUAUGCGGGGCUGCGUGCGCAGCGUGUCGCUGAUGAGCGCGUGGCCUGGGGCUCAGCCGGCGCACGCCAUCGACCUGCAGGCGCACGCCAAGCACGGCGUCAACGUGCAACCCUGCUCCUCAUAGACAGCAGUACACACAGACACACACACACACACACACACACACACACACACACACACACACACACACACACAACCAGAGACUAUAGAGUGAUGGAGUCACACUCCUCCCCACACUCCCGGACACACACACAACCGCAAACGCAGAGAAAGAACGAAGAUGGAUAAAGAGAGAGGAGGAGAGAUAGAGGAAGAGAGAGGGAGCGACUCAUAUAGAACCUGUUACACACUCGGUGCUGCGCUGCUACCAAAAACACACACACACACACACAUAAACACACUCACACAAAGAAAAGCAAGGAUUCUUCUCUCUGUCUGCGUUAAAACCAAAAAACUAAAAAAAGAGAUAACAUUUCAAUCGUAUUAACAAGUCUUCCCUUCCUCUGUGUUGUAUUCUCGAUGAAGGACUAUUAACACAGGAGAACCAGAACAGUUGACAUAUUCCCGGUAGUAGCUUAAGACCAGCAGAGUCAAGAGUCAAAGUGCAUUAGAUCCUCAACGAAGGCUCAGAUCCUAUGGAGGUGGAGAUGUUUUUACAGCACUGAAUUUUUUUAUUUAUAUGCAUAUGAAUAUAUAUUAUAUAUUUGUGUGGGGGGCGGGGGGAAACGUGCAAACUAACCACAACCGCUUUUCUUAUUUCCUGGAGUGUCCAGGUCUCUUUUUCUUCGGUUUUCUUUAUAGGUCUUAGUGUGAUUAAGAUCGAAAGAAAUUUUCAGAUCUUUAGGCCUAACCGUCUUGACUUUUCUCUGUGUUACCGUAGUUUGGGAGGUGAGCACAUUUAACUGUCUUCUAGAGACUGUUGGGAGAGGGGGCCGUGGUCACAGCCACAGGCUUUCAUUAGACGCAACUCAGGUUAACAGGUGGAAUACAACAUGCAGGACUGCAUGGAGCAAGGGGAUUCAGGAACGGAACAGUGCGUUUUUGAUGUAUUUCCGAAUCACCAGACACUCGCUUUUACUGGUAUCUUAUGUUGGGUCUUGCUCUUCCCAUCGACAGAAAUGGGGAAACUUUGGUGCUAUACCCCCUUACAGCCACAGUUGUCUUUUGGUGUAAAGUUUCAGUUGUGUCACAGUGGCUUAGCGUUGGGAGUUUGCGAACGGUAACAAUGAGAUAUUACUUAUUCAUGUCGGUCCCUGAUGGAGUAGAAAACCAAUUUUUUAUCUAUACAUUCUAGAAUGUGUGAUUGUUUGUCUCUGUGAGUUUAUCUAUGAAUGGCAUAUUUGCGUGUGUGUUUGUGUGUCAGAGUGCGUGUGCGUGUUUGUGUUUGCAUGUGUAAUUUCUCUUAUAUCGAAACAGAAAGUCUAUAGCAAAAAUGCCUCAACUUGUUGCCAAACGUUAACCUUAAUGUUUCUAGCUGCUACAGGACCAGUGUUUGCUAGAUCCACCUUGUAGCCAUUCAACAAUGUCUUCAACAACAGUUGAGGCCGUGUGUGUGUGUGUGUGUGUGUGUGUGUGUGUGUGUGUGUGUGUGUGUGUGUGUGUGUGUGUGUGUGUGUGUGUGUGUGUGUGUGUGUGUGUGUGCAUUUGGCCUCCCUCUCCCCAUAGAACGCCAUGCUCACUCGCCCCCUUCUUGAUCAUAUGAAUAGACAUUCAUCACCGCAUGUUCACCUCGGGCUUCACAGACCAUGUCACCUUUUUUUGUACGCUUAAAAUGUUUCAUAUUCAAAAGAAAUAGCACUAUAAUUUUACUCACAGUUGCUUCAUAAUUUAUUGUUUCUUUCAUAUAUAUUUUUUUUUUCCUAUUUUCAAUUUUUUUUUGCUUUGCUUGAUACCACUUUUUGAAGCAAUACCUUUACUGCUGUUCUUUUUGGUCAUCGUUUUUUGCCUCCCACAUCCCCCAACCCCAUUUUUAUUUUCAUGUUUCCCGGAAAAACUUUUGUUAAAACCUUUCUCCACCUGUAGUCCCUGUACUCUCUCAGCCAUUAUACAUGACCUCUGUUGAGCCCACAUUUCGCUCCAGGAUUCUAUUAUCCUGAACAACAGCUGGCCUCAAUUCAGAAUCAGUCUGAGCAUUAUGUUGCAUACAAGGAAGCAGCCAUAUUAUUUGGGGGGGGAAAUGUGCUGUAGGUGAAGUUAAAGAGGGCAAGAGGUUUCCCCCAAAGAACGACUACUUUGGGGGUGUUGGGGGUAUGAAUUCACAACUGGAGGUCCAUAUGAACUGUAAAUUGGCUUGCCCCACCAUAUCCAUUAACUACGUCAAGGCAAUGAUUUGAAAGAACAAUUAUUCAUGAACUGUUUCUGAUUGGAACAUUUUCCAUAAUGUGGUCAUUAUUUCUUUCAUUCAUGUUUAACUCCAGAUGACAGGCCAAAAUGUGGAAGUAAUGCAUCAUGGAGAUCAGUGAUGGGAAUUGUACAAGUUGAAAUAGUGUCUUACCAACAAUUUCUUUCCAAGUGUUUAAACUACCCCCCUUUUUUUUUUUUUUUUUUGGUGUUUCUUAAUUAAAAACAAAAUUCAUGUGCUAA